GAUUUUUGCAAUCUUUGUGAUGAGUGAAAUAUGGUCAUCAAGAAACGGGCCAUCAUGCUCAUUCUCCUUAGUUCAAGAAUAUUGUGAAAGAAAUGCUAUCUAUGAACAGGAAGCCCCGUGAACCAUCAAAGCUUACUUUCGAAGUCUUACUAUUGCUCAUAAGUACCUCUCGCGGUCGGUGCUAAACUGUAACUCUACACACCGCGUUUCAAUCUCUACCAUUUCACCCAGCCGCAACCAUGAAUUCGGAAGGAAAAGACACCAAGGAACCAUGCUUCACACAAAACAAUUACCAGUCUGACGAUCAGAUUGUUAUUGCAUUGGAUUUUGGUACAACAUUCAGCGGCAUUGCAUAUGCAUACGCCAUCAAGGACAAGCCUGAGAUUGUUACGAUCUUAGACUGGCCAGGACUGGAAGGCCACAGACAACCCAAAGUUCCGACCGUGAUCUGUUACGACCCUGAAAAUGCCUCGGGCUUCACAUGGGGGGCCCAGAAUCACAAGCGUGAGGUCAUUCGUGGGAUGAAACUACUUCUUGAUCCCGCUCAGAAUAUGCCCGUCUAUCUGCCAGCUUCAGGCACCAAUAACGACCUCAAAGUUUUAGGAAAGUCCGCCUUGGAUAUCGCAGCGGACUUUAUUGGGGCUAUUUAUAAGCAUGCCAUGACUGUCAUUGAAGGCGAAAUUCCAAAGGAAUACCUCGACAUGUGCCAGAAGCAAUUUGUUCUCUCCGUUCCCGCUGUCUGGUCUGAUAAGGCAAAGGAUUUGACGUUAAAGGCAGCGAAGCGAGCCAAAAUACAUCCAGUCACACUUAUCAAGGAGCCAGAAGCUGCCGCCCUGUAUACUUUGCAGACACUAAAGGAUCAAGCAUUAGCUGUUGGUGACGCAUUCAUUAUUUGCGACGCUGGAGGUGGAACUGUCGAUCUCAUUUCCUACGAAAUCACACAAUUGACACCUAAACUCGAUUUGAAAGAACUUGUGCCUGGCAAAGGUGGAAUGGCAGGCUCAUUAGGCCUUAACAGACGAUUCGAAGAAGCCGUCAAAGAGCUUGUCGGUGAAGAUCAAUUCUACGCCCUCCGAAGAACCAGAGGUUUUGCCCAUGCUGUCGAGCAGUUUGAUCUGAGGGUAAAGACUGCGUUUCGGGGAAACGAGGAAGAAGACUAUCUUAUGAACUUUCCUAUGGUGAACCUCCAAGAUAACAAAAGCAAAAAUCUCGUUUCGAGUUGCUGGGUUAUGAAAUGUGAUGACUUGAAGAAGAUCUUCGACCCGUUAAUCACGGACAUCGAAAGAUUGGUUGACGAGCAGGUCAAUUUGGUCAAGGUUAAACGAAUGUCGGAAGAUCACCCAAAAGCGACAGAAAUAAAAGGUAUCUUCCUUGUGGGUGGAUUUGGUUCUUCAGGUUAUCUCAAAUCUCGAAUCGGGGCUUGUCAUCCAACCAUUCAAAUCAUCCAGCCUCAUGACGCGUGGUCUGCUAUCGUCAGGGGCGCCGUUCUCAGCGGACUUCCACGCAAAACCGGCGGUAUUUCCAUUAUUUCAACGCAAUCGACGAGACAUUACGGGGUAGUAGGCCGAUCACUUUAUGACGAGGAAAAAGAUCGAGGUCGACCAAAGACUGUUGAUUGCUACGGAGACACUCGAACCUCGACAAUGACUUGGUAUAUCCACCGCGGUGAGGACCUAGGAAGAGACCAAAAACUUAAAUUUCCAUUCUAUCGAACUAUUGAAGGAGCCAUCACAAAUAGCGCACUCAUAUUCCGAGAACAUCUCCUUCAGUGUGAAAGCACAGCUGCGCCUGUUUAUCCUGGAAUUACAAUCAAGCAAAACUGUAUCUUGACAGCCGACUUGAGUGGCGUGGAUCGGUCAACAUUCAAACAAAGAACUUCAGUUCGGGGUACUCCAUGCUGGGAUGUUCAUUAUGACUUGGUAGUCACCGUUUCAUCUGCCGUGAUGAAGUUCUCGCUCGAGAUCAAGGGCAAGGAAAUAGGUAGUGUUGAGGCUAAGUAUGAUUGAACAUGAUGUUGGGGGUUACUCAAGGAGGCUUUGAUUUGGGUCUUCACCUAGUGGUAUUUUAUUGCGAAGGAAUAAAUUGAUGAUACGAAGGACUUCGCGCGAUACUUGCUUUGUCAUUUAUUUGGAGGUCUCACCAGACAGUCGGUGUAUGGGCUCAUGAAACACUUCUCAACUUUACAAAAAGCAUAAUUAAUCCA